GAAUUUUACGUUUUUUUUUAAUUCUGCGGUGUUUUACUCAAAAUAAACAACACAACGCACCGACCAUUGUGCGAUACAAUAAUUUUCUAUGCAUUUCAAAUCAUUAUAUUAUCCAUUAAAUACAUUAGUUAUUUGAACAUCGGUUGCUCAUUCGACCUGAACAUAAACUCAUAAUUCCAUCAAAAUGGGUUCCGAAUCAAAACAAGCAAAGUUGAAUGAGUUGGAGCUUGAUAAAGCUGAUCGUCAGCGAAUGUAUGAAUGCUUACCGUUGCACAUAUUUCGCGAACACACAAACAUUCGCCAAUUGAUCAUUGAUAAAUUUGUCGCACAGAAAGGAAAACAGCCGACUGAAUUUCAUAUUAAACAAACUGUCAAAAAUGUGUACAAUAAAAUAGUAACCAACGACUUGGACGAUCCAUUAAACGAAUUGAUUGAUGAGGUCGAUUUCAUUUGGCCAAAUGGUGAAAAAAGGUGUCCGAAAAUGUGGACAUUGACCAAAAUUGAACGUGAUAUAAUUUAUAAGAAAGCAUCGUUUUAUCAAAAAAAGUUUAUAUAUUUACCACGUCAUGUACUCGAACAAGCGACAAAUAUGCGAAAAGUGAUGGAAGAACAUGCGAUCAUAUACAAACGAGAUUUAAAAAAAUUGGAUGCAUACAUUAAAGGAGUGUGCGAAACGAUUCAUUUGCCUGAUCAAUGGUAUAAGUUUAUGCUACAUUUCAAGUUCAACGACGAAGUGGAAUCCGAUACAGACGUGAUCGAAGAACAAAAUGAACCUGUUCGAAAUGAACGCACAACACAGCGUGAUGAACCCAGCGUAAAUGCACCAAAACGGGCAGAUGCUAGAGAGAAGAGAACCGAAUUUAAACGAAAAGAAGCAAAUUCACAUCAAAACGAAAGAAUUAAUGUGGCAAAAAGAUCAAAGGACAAUCCAACAAAUACGAAGGAAACCCCAUCAAGUUCCAAAGACAACUCAUCAAAUUCGAAUGAAAAUUUGAGAGAAAAACCACCGACAAAUAGCAUGACAACUGUUCAACAAAAAUCGAACUCAAAUCGAUCACAAAAUGAUGAUUCGAAGCAUAGCGCAAGAAGUAAUUCAUUGAAUGAAAUUGAUGGGGAACCAAGUGAAUUUCAAAAGGAAGUGAUUGCGAUGGACUACGAUACAUUUGUAAAGCAAACAAAUGUCAGCGAUUUGGUGAAGCAAGAUUACCAAAAACAAAAAGGAAAUCAAGAACUUAAACUGCAAAACUUGGAAUUUGGCUUGAAGUUUUAUUUUAGAUUCAAAAAUAAGCCGGGUAAUUGGAAGAAAUGGCAUAGAAAUUCAAUUAAAAAUUUAAAAUAUAAAACUUGCGAAUGUCAACGAAACAAAAUGUAUCAAAAUAAUUCAACGCAAACAAAUGAAGCACCGCAUUUCCAUGAAAUCGCUAUACAAUGUAGUGAAAAUGACAUUGACACUAGCUUAAAGCGUGAUAAGAAUAGUGGUCGGCUUGUUGGUCUAUCGAUUCAACAUAUUUCCGAUGCCACAAUUCACAUUCAAUGCGAGAACCAAUCGAACGAACCAAGUUCUAUUUGCAGCUCCGACUCAGAACAUAAUUUGGUAAUCGAUGAAUCGGCGAUGUCACCGCAAGAUGAGACCAAGGAUAACAUUGCAGUGUCCCGCAUAGAGUCAGAUGAACCAUCGCAACAGAUCGCCCAAGUUCGAAUGUCUCAAUUUAACGACGUCAACGAUUUGGAUCAAGAAGAACAAUUGUCAAACCAAAAUCCACUUGAGUCGGAGACAACUUUAGAAAUGUCCAUCGAGCCAAUUACGGUAAAUCAAAUCCAAGAAACGACCUAUGCAUCCGGGUCAAUUGGUAGUUCAAGUUUUCGAAUAAGUCCAAUUGAAUCGCGUCAAAAUGUAAAUAUUGAUGAAAGAAGCAAAUUGGUUGAAUUGAUGCACGUUGAAACCUUACACAAUAAUAAUGUAACUAAGCAAGAGCCUAAUUCGUCGUUGGAAUAUCGAGUGGGCGACGAUAGUGACGUCGAAUAUAUGGGCCCAAUGCCAGAACUGAUUUUAGAAAUAAGCGAUGACCUAUCAACUCAAGAACAACACAUGCAACUGAAUUUUGAGGGUUCGGAUGACCUUCAACCUGAAUUUAUUCAUGCAAUUCAAAUGCCCGAGCACGGGCGUAAUAUAGAACAGUUGAUUUGCCUAACAUCAACGCCGGUUGAAAAAAAUCCACCAGCAAGUCGAUUAAAAAAUAUCGUAAAUGUUCAAACGACUCGAACAAGACCAAUUCGAAACAGACGACCAGCGAUCGUACCUAGAGUCACAAGAGGUCGCCGAAAAGCAAAUGAAGAAACCCUGUCAACCAUUCAAGUGCCAAAAUAUACAUAUGCUCCAUUACGAUUCAAUGGUCAACCAACUGUCGAAAUGAAUCAAGCCAACAUUUUUAAUGAUCCGCCCAUGCAAAUCGAUGAAUCACAAUCAUCAUCGGACCACUCGCGAAAUUAUGAAAUUGAAGAGAGCAGUUACAUGGACGGGGACAAAUCCAGGACAACAGUAACGCUUCCAACGAGAAAACUACGUCAACGAAAUUGACGUCAUAUACAACAAAACUUUAAACAGUGCUGCAUCUAUUCAAAAUGACUUAAAGGCAACCAGAGAUAUAAUCAACCAAAUCAAAUGGAAAUAUACUCAUAUCUAUUGCUGAUGAUGGAAGCCAAGCACAUGAAUCUCAAACAUUUACAGUAUUGCAAUUUGCAGAGAUACUUAUUUAUUUUAUUUAACACUGCCGUGUACACGUGUACAGGCCGAAACCAGUGUUUGGACAUUUACUGGAUAUAUCUACAGACACUUGUCUAUGCUUGCAUUACACACACAUUUAUUUGACUGAGCGCUCAGCUCAGCAGAUAUAUACAGCAAAUUUCCAAACACCGACUGAAACCUACAAUUUAUCUAUUGUGCCUUGGUAAACUCAUCGAUUAAAAAAAAAAAAACAAAUAUACUCUACUUAUAAACUUAAGGAUAAAAAAUACCGAUGUUUUUUGUAUGACUUUUCAUAUUUGAUUUAUAUGG